UUUUGGUAGCUGCUAACAAUAAAACAACCCCAACAUAUCCCCAGCAAUAUAAAGUAUUCAUUUGCAUCCGAGAGCGGUAACGCAGUGCUGCGAAAUUUUCAAAGAGUUACAUCACAUCUGAACACAUUACAAGGUGCAAAAUGGCGCUACCGGAGAGUCUCGAGAAGAAUAUGCAGAAAUUCCAAGCGAAAAAUGAUCUUCCUGUUUUCCUAAAAGGAGGACCUUUCGACCGAGCAUUAUUUGGAACGACGAUGGUUUUGUGCGGCAUCGGUUUAGUCAGUAUUGUGCAUAUGAUUUAUACGAUGGGAUUCAAAAAGAAGAAUGCAUAAGGAUACCGCGUAGUGCCAUGAAUAUUUCAGAAUAGUUGGUUAAUGUGAAUAAAUAACGUUGAAAAUCA